UGUCCCCCACGGAAACGGGCAGCAGCGACCAGUCGCGUUCCCCCACGUGAAUGAAUUGAGUUAAGAUGACAGAGGAUUGACCAUAAAUAAAACUAUAGUUUUAAUUAAACAACAAUGUCUGCGGUUAAGCAUUUGAGUUUUUAAUAAAAUGUCAUCAAUUGAAGGCGGAACAAAUAAAAGCUCCGGCACUUCCACUGUCCGAACUUAUCAGCGUGACACCCAAUCAAGAAUGAAUGGAAAUAACUGGAAUACGGUAUUAUGGCCUCGGUACAGAUUAUAAUUGAAUGAGUUAUAUAAACAACAAUGUCUGCAGUUGAGUGUUUGAGAGACUUCGUUAGCGAGCGACUUGCUGCUGCUGCUGAGGAAAUAUUCGCAGUUUUUCGUAAAACUAUCGUCGAGUACGAGGAAGAGAUUGCACGCCAGUGCAGACUGCUGGAUAUCGUUUGGAAACCUGAAAUAAAGUUACACAGGAUAGAGCUCCCACAGCAGCAUGUCUGUAAAGAGGAAGAGCUUCUCUCUGACCAGGAGAGGAACUCCAGUCUGCACCAAGAGGACCCAGAGCCUCCACAGAUUAAAGAGGAACAGGAGGAAAUCUGCACCAGUCAGGAAGGGGAGCAGCUUGUACUGGAUCAGGAGACUGAUUCAGAUCAGAAAGUUGGCGUGAAUGGAGACUUUGGAUCAACUACAGAUGCAGAGACAAAGCUACAGGUUGAACAUCACGAGAGCACAAGUCACAGUAACAAUAAAUGGCUCCCACAGCAACAUGUCUACAUGAAGGAGGAGGAGGGUCCCGCUAACUCCAGUCUGGACCACGAGCAGCCAGAGCCUCCACAGAUUAAAGAGGAAGAGGAGGAGCAGCUUGUACUGAAGCAGGAGCCUGACACCUUCAUGUCGACUCCUACUUAUGAGAAAAGUGACCCCAAAAGAGAUGAGACACUGCUUGUGAAUCCUGACAAAAGCCAGAGUGCUGCAGAGGAAGAGCCCCCAGCUAACAUGUCUAUCAGUUGGGUAAAACAUGAAUCUGACGAUGAGAAUUCAGAUGCAUCAGAGUUGAUGAAUAAACAGAUCGUUCAUAACAUGUAUUUAGCCGAGAGCCGAGAUCAGACAGAAGGUGAGCACGGAGGCAUCUCAGAUUCACCAGGGCCAAAGAAACCCCAAAGCCCCAGCAAAGACGUAUGCAGCCUCAAUUUGUCAGAGAUUCACUGUAACACUGUCACGGGUAAAAGGUCCUUCAAAUGUGACACCUGUGGGAAGGACUUUAAGUGUUGGUCAAAGCUGAAUAUUCACAAGAGAAUCCACACAGGCGAGAAGCCGUAUUCGUGCAGCACCUGCAGGAAGAGAUUCAGUCAGACGUCUGGACUGAAGGCUCACAGAAGGAUCCACACAGGCGAGAGGCCAUAUUCCUGCAACACCUGCGGGAAAAGGUUCAAUCAGACAUCCGUGUUAAACACGCACAUAAGAAUCCACACGGGCGAGAAGCCGUAUUCGUGCGAAAUAUGCGGGAGAGAGUUCAGGUAUAGCGGUGACUUAAACGUUCACAUCAGAAGAGCCCACACUGGCGAGAGCCGUAUCGCUGCAACAAAUGUGAGUAAAGAUUCUCUGGAGUGUUUGAAUUCUCAAGGCAUAUAAAAGUGCAUAAAUGCAAGUAGUGUUUGGAGCCACGGAAAUGCAGCAACUUACUAACCCUUACCCCCAAAAUCUCCAUAAACUGGACAAACCACCACUGGAUAGGUGUUCACCCACUAAAAUGAAUACUCUAUUAAAAACUACAUAUUUGUAACCAACCACUAUGCUUAAAGAAAAGGUCACAAUAUCAUCAAGUAAUGAAGUAGGACAUGUCAGUAGUCUAAUCGAGUUGAGUUGAACUAACUGUGUCUUUCUUCUAAUAUUACUUGAUUAGUCAUGUUUAUGUUAGCAACAGUUUUUCUUCGAAACAGCACAACUUACAACUGAAUAAUUCUUUCUU